UGACAUCAUCCAAUGAGGCGACGAGGAAAUAUUAGGAGCAUUUGCCCACCUUCAGCUGAAAAUUGUUCCCUUCGUGACAUGGCGUCUGAGAGGAAAGUCAGUUUCUAAACGGUUUAAAAGUCUCUGUUAUUUUUAUGACAUCAUUUUACGCAAGGGCUUGUUGUAAAAGCCGCAAACAUUUUCUAGAUUCUUGCAUUGAUGGUAAUGCAUGCAAGGAAAACGCAACGGAUGAGCGAUGGGUACUUCGAGAAGCACCAAACCCAUCCCUAUCAGAACUCGAAAUAUGGCUCGUCGAAAAAUUAUCCUUCGAGCAGUGAGAGGUACGAGAAGUUUCGAGACUCGCCCAAUGGUAAUUACAGGUCGGAUAGUCCUCCCGAGUCCCAGUCUCCGAGAGAACGUGACAGAUCCUAUCAGUCGUCGAAGAGCUCCUAUGUACAAAAAAUCCGCGAAAAGGAGAGAGAAAAUAGAGACUAUAAGACGUCCCGAGAUAAGUACUCUGAUGGCGCCAGAUCGCCCAAGGAAAAGCGAAGCAGAGAAUCAGAUCACAGAUCCAACAGCGAUCGAAACGAAGACAAAAGUAUUCUACAUCCCAUAAAGAUGUCGCAGCUAUCUCGAGAUCGGAAACCAGUUCAUAACAAUUGCGCCGAUAAGAGAGACGACAGGGAGCGGGUACCGAAAGUGGGCGACUGGUCGGAACAUGUGAGUUCGUCGGGCAAAAAGUAUUACUAUAACUGUAAGACGGAAGUGUCCCAGUGGGAAAAGCCCAGAGAAUGGACGGACAGGGAGCGCGAGAGAAUUCGGGCGAGGGAGAGCAGGGAGAGAGAAGAGCGGGAGAGGGAGGAGGCGGCGGCACAGGGAUCGGGAGAGAGGCGAAGCAGGGACGGAUCGAGGUACAGGGACGGGUCGAGUCGAUCAAGUACACGUCACGAGAAACAUUCCAACUCUCGAGGCUCAAAUGGCAGCGGUAGUAGCAGGGACACCUCUCGCCAUUGGAGUAAUAGCAGCUCUAGUCGUGAGACCCCGGAAGGGCCUCCCAAAGAUGGUCCAUCGGAUUGGGGUUCCAGUUCCAGAAGACAUUCAAAUCCUGAUAAUUCAGUGCAAUCAGCCUCAUCUGCCCAAGAUAUGGAUAUCUCUCCAGGGGACAGCACGCCUACUUCUGAGGUGUCAUAUGGUCCCAGUUCGGCACACCAACCUCCUCUCGUCGUCGAACAGCCCGUCAUAGGCCCUGUCCUGUUGGCCAACGCCCUGCCCCGGCUCUCGUCCCACCCGACGACCACGCCUAUCGGCCUCCUCGCCACGUCCGCGCCGUCGCACUCGGCCGGCAACGCCCUAGCGACGUCGGGCGUGGGCGUGUCUCCGCCACCGCAGAACGCGACCAUCACGUCGCAGCCGGGCGCUGCCAACGCUCCCGGCCCGCCGGGUUCCUCGCGCCUCUGUCCUGCUGACGGCGACUGUAAGAAGGCGGAACCUUUGUGUGUCGACACCAGCCAGAACGGCGGGGGCGUGGCCUGCGAUGGUCCGCCCACUCCGACGCAUUCGGAAGUUCCAGAAUGUUCUAAAGUGGUCGCAAUUACAGGCAGUCCCCCGGCGGGGAGUCUGCCCCCCAUGGCAGGCGUGUCGAGUUCGCUGCAGGCCCUCAGGCCUCAAGGGCCCACUAUCACGCCUUCGUUAGCUAACCAUUACCGAGAUGACUUGGUGAAUCACGUAAGGGGAUGGCCUGCGGAAAUUUUAGAAAAACAGGCACAGAAGUUGGCCGACGAAGCACACAUUAUGGGUAGUAUACAAUGUUCCAAAGUUUCAGCUGAAUUAAAAUCUGCAAGAUCGAUAGUUCGUCUUACGGAAAUUCAAGCCACAUUACAAGAACAAAGAAUAUUGUUUUUACGUCAACAGAUUAAAGAAUUAGAAGAACUGAAGUCUCAAAAUUCGUUCAUGUCAGACGAUUCUUAGUGUGUAACAAAAUAAUUUACUGUAAAAAAAGUGGGCUAAACAUUAUGUUUUAGUGAGUAAUUUCGCAAUUACUGAUACGUUUUUGUAGUAUCUAUGAUACUGUUCGUUUCCCGCGUUCUCCAUUACGUUUCCAUCAAAUUGACCUUAUUUGGGACCACCAAUUUCACUAAAUUUAUCACCCUAAAGCUUCAUUCAGGACCUCAAAAUUAGCGGUUUCAAUUGACGUAGAUAUUUGUUCCUGUAAUUUCAGUGUAAGCAUUAAGAACGUCAAAUUGAGCAGUAGUACUUUUCAAUUAGCAGAAAAAGUUAAAAAAAAAACAUUUUCUAUUAGGUAUAAUCGAAAAUGCUAUUGCGCAUGAGUGGGUAUGUCAUUUUGGCCUUUGAUUAUCUGUCCAGAGAAAUUGUGGUUAGAAAUAAAAAGUUUAUUAAUUUGUAAACUAAUUAUUAGGUUUCUCUAUGGAUGCAACUGACUAACGCAAGCUGUUGCUAGGAUAUUGUAUUAAUUUUAAUUGUAUUUUUGUAGAUAAAGUGAAUGAUCGUAAAUUUUAAAGUAUAAAGCUUCAUUCAGAACCUCGCAAUUAGUUGAGUAAAUUAGUGGUUUCAAUUAGUGUAGAAGUUUGUUCCUUUAAUUCCAAUGUAAGAAUUCAGAACGUCUACAUUAGUGGUAGUCAUUUUCAAUAGGUAGAAAAAGUUGACAUACUUUAGCUUUUCCACUAAUUAUACUUCAAAAUUUGGGAGGAAUGCCAUUUUGACGUUUGAUUAUGAUUCAUCAAGAGAAAUUGUGGUUAGAAAUCAAAAGUUUAUUGUUUUAUAAGCUAAAUAUUUGGCUUUCUCGAUGGAUACAACCAUAGACUUAAAAUAAAAUAUAGACUCCACUAUUUAUAUCUA